CCAUGCAUUCCAUAAUCACCCUGCUGUUCACCAGAUCACAUCUGGACAGAGGCAGAAACGAAGAGAUUUUUAGCUGCCUCCGUAUUAGACAUACUAGUAAUCUGUUCUCCCGUGCUGUCUUGUCACAAGUCUCUUGUAAAUACUACGACUGUGUAAUUAUAUAGCCUACGUCUGUUAAAUGUCUGGAUGUAAUUUCUUUUUUUCUUUUUUUUUUUUUAAUAUACUAUCAGGCACUCAGUGCGUAUACUGCGGGCUUCAAAACAAUUCGGUCUUUAUGCCAGAAUCAUAGUUUCUAAUGCGUUCAAACCGUGGUUAAAUCCUGUCCUCGUUUGCGCUGUUCUUGAAGGGGUCUGCUAGAGAAAGAUGAGCAGGGUUCCGGACGCGCUGCGCGCAGGCAGCAGCGCGUAACCAAGCCCUGUGCUGAAGUUAAAGAGCAACCGCAACUGGGUGCUUUGUGUGUGCCACAUAGAGAUAAGAAGCAUGGCAGGAAAUGAAAUGAGCCACAAGACAUCCACUGAGAUUGAAGACCCAGCUCUGCAGACUGAGCAGCAUGAGUCUGGUAGAAGUGGCAUUGUCAUCCAGCUAACAGGCACGAAGGGUGAAUGGGACAGUCUCGAUGACGGUGAUCUUUCAGUCACACUUGACAGGAGUAAGCAGAAAUUCCUCAAGCCUAAGCCAUCCUCCAAUGACAUGCAGUUAGAUAAAGACAAUGAGUGGGCUCUCCACUCUCCAAUGUUCCACGUUCCCCUGUCCCCAUCUUCACCAGGCUCCCUUGGAGACUGCUCAUCCUCCAGUCUGGGUUUCCUCUCCCCUUCCCACCAGCCUCUGGCUUGCCUGGUGAAGUCUCUGUCCACAGAGCUGGAGCUGAAAGACGCUUCAACACACAAGACCAGACCUUUCAUCAGUUUGGUGAAGUCCAUUUCCUCUGAGCUUUCUCGCAGCAGUCCUGAGGUGUCCCAAUCCAAGUCAGACUCUAAGCUCAGCCUGCACCUGUGGACCCAGCUCACACAGUCUAAAGGCCAUAAUGGAGACUCUCGCACUGCUCCACCAUCUCCUGUUGACCUUUCCCCAACUGAGGCCAAAACAGGCUUUUUUAAAGUUGAGCUAGAAGACACUCGUCGGAAGCUUACUGAGGCCAUACAUGAGCCUUUCAAUGUGUUCAAUAAGAUCAUGCGUGAGGACUGCACGGGCAGGCUUAAGCACCAAAAGAGCACAGGUUCCAUUGAUUCUUUCUGUUCUAAAGAAGUUGGAAGAUCAUGUGGUGAGCUCUCAGUGACUAAGAGUCUUAUGAGGAGCUGUAAGAAAGUAGAAUGUGAGGGAUUGGCCAUGUCUAAUCAGCCUGUGAGACCCUAUAGGAAAUGUAUUCACUGCAGCUCCUGCCAUUCCCACAGUCACCUCGCCAAAUUGGAGGGUGAAGAGCCCAUUGAGAUCUGCACACAUGAAGAUACUUUACAAAAUAUAAAUGUAAAUAAAAGUAAUCUGGCAGCCGAGUACACAUCAGAGCAGCCCUGUUCUCCAGUCCCUGGGAUGGGUCUCAGCUAUCUUGCUAUUUUGUCAUAUUGCUAUUUCAUUUUGCCUUUGUCUUCUUAUUGGUCUGGAAUAUUUGUUGGCUUGGCAUUUGGCUUCAUGCUGGGGCUCCUCCUUAUUCGAUUAGGAUUGACCAGACAUCCCUAUUCUGGUCCCUCAGAUAGGUUUAAUGAGAGCACAUGUGACUGGAUUCAGGGUGAGCACAAAAAGAACACUCUUAAGGGCUGGAUUAAUGAGAUGUAUGAAUAUGAUCCAGAAACAUUCCACCCCUCUCUUAUGCACUCUGUAUAUGCGACAUUGGAGGGGUCAAGUCUUCACCUGGACUAUCCCCGCAGCAACAUACCCCCGUGGGCCACCUUCAAUGAGCCAUUUUAUGAUCAAAGCUUCAUCCACUCUCGUAGGUUUCACCUGGAUGGCAGCAAGGUGUUCCUGUUGCCCCCAACCCUGGCACGGAAAAGAGUGUGGAACAGGAAGUAUCCUAUAUGCAUCACUGUUGCAAGGGCAAAGGAACUAACAGCGGAGGUUGAGGAUCAGCAGCACCCACAUUUAAAUGAGAAAUCAUCAUCUAAAACCAAUCACAACACCACACUCUACCUCUUUGCCAGAACAGGAAGGGAGAAAGAAGAGUGGUUCCAUCACUUUUGUGCAGCAUCCAUGUACAGAAAUGAGGGCCAGUAUGAAUCUGAUAUGUCUGUAUCGCAAGAGGAUAAAUCCUGGAGUUCAAUGCAGGUCAAUGGCAGCAUUGAGAAUAUCUCAUCUAUGUCUACGUAUGACUACACCACCUACAUGACUGAUGUUAUCUCUUCAGGCCAGGGCAGGUGUUCACCAUGCUUCUGCCAUAACAACAAACAAAGCAGUCCUACUGAAAAAGAUCAGAACGUAUGUCAUCAUGGAGAUUUAAUGCAGCCUGUCUGGAUUAAUGCCUUGAUUGGUCGUAUCUUCUGGGAUUUCCUCUGUGAGAAGUACUGGUCUGAUCAAAUAGCUCAGAAGAUUCAGCGCAAGCUGAGUAAAAUAAGAUUGCCUUACUUCAUGGAUGAAUUGACUGUAACUGAACUUUCCAUGGGUUCCUGCAUGCCCCAGAUCACAGGCUUGUUUCAGCCGCAGGUCGAUGCCAGAGGUCUGUGGCUCCAGCUGAAUAUUGAGUACACAGGAGCCCUGCAGAUGACAUUAGAGACAAAGCUUAACCUGUCAAAACUGGGAAAGGAAGAAGCACUGAAAGCAGUCAAAGAGGUGCAGACCUACCAUGUAAGAAGUACCAGGUCCAAACUUGCUGUACUGGCUGAUAGUGAUGAGGAAUCCUCAAGUGCAGGAUCAUCUGAUGAAGAGGACGUUCCAUCCACUGAGCCUCAGGAAACUCAGGGAGUUUCUGGUGCUGAGAGUGGUUUGGCUGGUGGUAGAACUGGCCGGCGGAUUUUGAGACUUGUAGACAAAAUUGCUAAAUCCAAAUACUUCCAGAAGGCUACAGAAAAUGAGUACAUCAAAAAGAAGAUUGAGGAGAUGUCAAACACACCUCUGUUGCUCACUGUUGAGGUUAAAGAACUUUCUGGAGAACUCGCUGUCAACAUUCCACCUCCCCCUACGGAUAGAAUCUGGUACAGUUUCUGUGUGCCUCCAAAGCUUGACCUGCGAGUUCAGCCCAAAUUGGGGGAACGGGAAGUGACCUUCUGCCAUGUCACUGAAUGGAUUGAGAAAAAACUUCAAGAUGAGUUUCAGAAAGUGUUUGUGAUGCCGAACAUGGAUGACAUAUACCUCCCUUUAAUGCACUCAGUGUUGGAGAGCCAAGCAGCACCUCAACAUUCUCCGACACAGCCAUCUCACUCUUCUGCUCUGGGCUCCAGUGAGACCUGCGUGCUGAACCAUUCUUUCCCUUUAGAGUAGUGCCUCUCUGUGGCCAAUUAUGACAAUAUGCCAUCACCACUGUUCAUUUGGUAGGUUUAUUCAGUUAUAAAAAAUAAAUUAUAUAAAAACAGUAGUGCAGUUUAAAUAUGUUUAAAUUUACUGUUUAGAUUAUUAUAAACUCACUGCAAGCAGAACAUGGGUUCACUGUUUAAUGUGCUUCUUAUACGCACAUACUACAUACUGUGAAGUUUUUGUUUUUAGAUUUGUUUUGGUUCUAGAUGUGAUCUCUCUCUACCAGUACUGAAGAGUGCACUGUGAAAUAAAUUGAU